AUGAGAUUCUCUAUUCCUGUGUUGACGCUUACCGCGACGGUGACUGGCGUGCAAGCCUAUCAGCAACAACUCGACAUUCCGGGUUCCGCAUUCACCUCAUGGCAGCUUCCUACUGCCGUAUCAGGGCCAUGUGACGUCUCCAUUGGACCGGACAACUUUGUAUACGUGCAAGAGUUCUUUGCCAACAAGAUCGCGCGAUUCAACCAAAACACCGGUGAAUUUACGGAGUAUGACAUUCCAUUCACAGUGCCAGGUUUAGACAACUUCACCCUACCGCUACCCGGUCACGCAAAAUUCGAGCUUCUGUCGUGCGCCAUCCGCACUGGCUAUGAUGGAUACAUGUACUUCAGCAACGGCGCUCAUAACCAGCUCGUGCGUCACGAUGUUCGCAGUGGCGAGACAGUCGUCUUUACUCCUCCUCCAUCGCUUUUGAGCAUCCUGGGAAAUCUUCAACCUUUAAAUGACUUGACUGCUGCUCCGGAUGGUAUCUACUUCACCCAGACCACUGGCAACCAGGUCACGAAAUUCGAUUACGAGACACAUGAAUUCACUUCUUGGACUGUACCUACGCUCCUCUCAAUCCCUCUUGGCAUCUAUUACUCCCAACACGAUGAUGGCAUCUGGUUCCUAGAGUUCGGCGCUUCAAAAGUUGGUCGCUUGGAUCGUCAUACUCACGAGAUCGAGGAGUUCGACUUGCCCUUGGACGCUUUACAACCUUUAGUCGUACGCGCCGAGACUACGAAUGAAGAUGGCAGCACGACUCUCUGGUUUGCAUGCACGACUUCCUCCACGAUAAGUGGUAUCAACACGCGCACCGGCGGUGUGACUAUAUAUCAUGAACCCAACGCGCCUACAGAGACCGUCGAGGUAGCUCAAGAUCUGAAGGGGAAUGUGUGGGCAACGCACAUUUUGCAGAACACCCUGGGUGUGCUCAAUCCAAAGACGGGCAAUGUUAGUGUUGUCAUUGAACCCAGUGUCAUUCUUGACACUCCAGGAAUCACAGUUCCAUUCUAUGGCGAGAGUGGCAUCUUCGGCUACGCUGUCGGCCAGCCACCAGGUCAAGGACAGAAGGAUAUUCUCGGCGACUCGAUCUGGUACACGCAUUUCUUGACGAACCAACUGAUCAGGCUGGACCUGACAGAUGUGGAAAUUCCUUGA